AUGUCGCAAGAUCAGGGGCUUUGGAGUGUCCGCAGAGCUAGGGAGACUCUGGGAAACCUUAACCUCAACUCUGCCAUCCCACAACCACCAUCAGCCAUGAAGCGCUCGAGCUCAAUAGCAGGGCAGGGUGCGCCGUACACCGCCGGCCACUCACGCUCGCUCUCGGGCUCGCGACAGUCCCUUGCCAUGUCGCGUCCCAGCCAGCCCGUCUUCCAGCGCACGUCGACGGGCGCCAGCUCCGGCGAGUUUGGCCUGUCGUCCGUCAAGCGGCCUUCGUCUUAUCAGAACCACACGAGUACGUUUAGCAACAGCAACAGCAAGGGCUUCACACCGGGCGGCCGCGCCUCGGUAGACAACAGAGAUAGGAGGAGCAGUGUCUACCAACCGCGUGCUGGUGGAGGCGUCCCCUCGGGUGGCCAUCAGAGCUUUUUCCAGCAGGCGCCGCAACCAGCUGGCGUACCAAAAGACCCGAGACCGCUCAAGGACCGGUCGUACCAGAACCGCAUCGGCCAGGAGCUGCUCGACUACCUGACGCAGCACAACUUUGAGUUGGACAUGAACCACAACCUCUCGCAGAACGUGAUAAAGUCGCCGACGCAAAAGGACUUUAACUAUAUAUUCCAGUGGCUCUAUAACCGUAUUGACCCUAGCUACAAGUUUAUGAAGAAUAUCGACCAAGAGGUGCCCCCGUUGCUCAAGCAGCUGAGGUACCCGUACGAAAAGGGCAUCACCAAGAGUCAGAUUGCGGCCGUGGGCGGCCAGAACUGGAGCACGUUUCUGGGCAUGCUACACUGGAUGAUGCAGUUGGCCCAGAUGAUUGAGGGCUUCGCCCUCAACCGCUACGCCGACGCCUGCCUCGAGGCCGGUGUCGACACUGUAGGUGAUCACAUCACGUUCGACUUCCUUACGGCCGCGUACGCUGAGUGGCUCGGCAUGGACGACAGCGUUUCGGAGGAGGAGGCCGACAGACUACUGAAGCCGCACAUCGAAGAGAUGGAGGCGGCUUUUGAGCAGGCCAACGCCAAACACUUUGAGGAGUUGCGGAUGCUUGAGGCCGAAAACGCCAGGCUGCUAAAGGAGGUGGAAGACCUACAAAAGUCCACGCCGGACCCGGCCAUCCUGGACCAGCACUUCAAGAUCAUGGAGGAGGACAAGGUCAAGUUUGAGGAGUACAACCAGUUGGCGAUUCAAAGGUCAGAAAAGUACGAGAACCGGAUCCAGGUUCUGCAGGAGGAGCUGGAAAAGGUCAUGGUCGAGCUGGCCGAGGCGGAAGAAGAGCGGCGCAGUCUGCAGAAGGCGGUAGACGACCAGGGGAUCAGCAUGCAGGAUAUCGACCGCAUGGCAUCCGAACGGGAGCGUCUGCAAAAGACGAUCGAGUCCGCCGGGCAACGGCUCGAGGACGUCAAGAGGAAGGUUUCGGAAAAGGAAAUCGAGGCGAGCCAGAAGCUCGAGGAGCUCGAGAGGAUGGUGGAUCGCUACAACACGGUGGCGUACCAGAUCGGUCUCAUCCCGGCGACGGCGGCCAACGCCAAGGGCAAAGACCUGGAGCUGCACGUCACGGUCAACUCGGGGCCGAGCUUCUCGGGCUCGUCGGCCUCAGCAUCCCAGCUCAAGGGCUCGUACACAGGCGGCAGCAUGGAGAACGAGCGGCUUCUGGUGGACCCGGUGACGGGCUACCAGCCGGCGCACGUGCUGAGCCUCGACCUCCGGGGUCAAGUCAGGAGCAUGCUGACGUCGCUGCGCAAGGAGAUAUCCGAGCGACGCGGGCAGGCCAUGGAUACCAUGAUGAAGGACCACGAUCUGCUGGACAGCAUCAAGGAGGCCAUGGAGGAUAAGCGCAACGAGGUCGAGGCGCUCGAGCACCGGGUGCGGGCGGCCGAGGAAGAGUUUGAAAAGACAAAGGAGGUCACCACGGCGCAGCGCAUGGCGUCGGACGCCCAGGUCGAGAAGAUGGAAAAGGAGCUGGCCAAGAUGCGCGCGAGCUUGUCCGAGUCUGUGCAGUUGUUGGAGCAGCGAGAGAUGACUACCAAUAUUGAAUACGAGCAGUUGACGCUCAAGGCAAACUCGCUGCGCGAGGAGCUCCACACCGAGAUCAUGCGCAUGCUCAACGACGUGAUCAAGUUCAAGAUGCACGUCCAAAAGAGCCUCGAGGAGUAUGAAGCCUUUGUGGCCGACGAGCUGGAGCAUGAGCUUGGGAGCGAGGACAUGAUGAAGGAUGACGAUGGCAACGACGGCGAUGGUGAUUCAUGA